UUGAGAGGUUAUAUACUCCACAACUCACUCGCAGAGAAGGUACAUUUAAACAGAACUGAGUGGUGGAGAGAGACAGACGAGAGAGGAGAUAGAAAUACACACUUUAGGCACAACAACAACAACACCUGAUACUCUCUCAUCAGGGAUCAUUUAGCCAAAUAGGGCAUCUUAUUCUGUGUUUUGGGGCUUUUGUCGCGAAGAUUUUGGAGAUGACCAACGUCCAGUUAUCGUGUAGCGCGCUGGAUAGGCUGGUGGCCAGGAGGACCUUCCCUCUCCACAGACGCACAAGCGUCUGCCGCAACCUCUUCGGACCAGUGGAUCACGACGAACUAAACCGGGAGAUGAAAGCCAAGCUGCGGGAGAUUUCCGAACGGGACCAGCAGAGAUGGAACUUUAAUUUCGAAGACAACACCCCAUUGGAUGGGGAUUACAAGUGGGAAGAGGUGCCCGUGGAUAAGACCCCGGUGUUUUAUCAGGACUCUGUACAGAAUGGCAGGACCAGGGUGCCUGAGACACCCAUCAAGCAGAGGCCCACCUCGGACUCUGUUCUACCUGAGACCCCUGAUAUGGAUGUACUUGAGCGCUUGUCUGUGGCCGAGAGCAGCAGCACUCCCUGCCCGGUGGAGGUUAACCAGGAGAACCGCAGUGACAAGCUCAAUUCAGGGAAGCAGGCUCACAAACAGCUCCAUUGUGUUAGACGGAAAAGAACGGCCACUACUGACAACAACACUCACAUCACAGACUUCUUCGUGAAACGAAAAAGGGCUGCUGAUAAAAAAUCGAAUGAUGUGAGCGCUUGCCACCACUCAAAGUCUCCAAUCCCGCUGGAACAAACUCCACGAAAGAGGAUCCGUUGAAGGUGUUUUGCACUAGCCUUUUUGCCUGCAUACUUUGAGGAUGUGGAUGUUUCUCCCUGCUACUACGCCGGAGAGGAGAAAACAGGGGGCGGUGUGGGAGAUUUUAAGCCCGACCAGCCGGCUGCUCCGGCUCGGUGCGCCCCGGCGGAGCGCAGCCUGAACACCGGACCAGACUCUCAGGACUGAACGGUUUGGGGGGUGGGGUGGGGAAUGGACAGGAAAGAGAGGACAUUUCGCUGAAUGACUUCUAUCCAGUACAAAUGUAGCAUUCAUUGUUGCUUUUGCAUACAGCCACUCGACAGUGUUAAAUGUUUUAACAUCUGUGCAAUGCAAUCCUAAUUAUACUUUAAAAUAAUUGUCUACACUGGCCAAAAGUGUACAGCUUUAUAGAGACAAUAGCCUAUAAAUGUUUAUUUCUGUUCUGGUUUUUCUGUUAAAUGUAUAUUUUUUAAGACUAUUCUAACUUAUAAUUUAUUUAUGUUUCUUUUAUAUUUGUUAAAUGCCUGUUGAUUUAGCCAAAGGGCAUAUUCUUAUUUUAUUUUAAUAUUUCCAUUUGUCAUUGUGAUGUUUUGCAAUCAUGUAGCUUACCCAUAGUAGUCCACACUUGGAAAAAUAGGUUUCUGAGCCGUUUUUUUGUGUUUUUAUACAAGUGCCCUAUGUCUUGUAAAAGAUGAGAAUAAAAUAUUUUUCACUUCAAAUU